GUUAAAAUAAUACAGCAUGAAGUGGGACUUCCAUGACAUUCAAGUGAUGUCAUGGAAGCCUUUGUGUUUAUAAAAGAAGUGAGAGAGGAAGUCAGGUUCAGACCUCACGCCUUGCACUAUGCAGAACACACAGAGCUUAUGCAUUCGCGUUUUCUUGUUGAUCACAGGUUUAACACAGUGCUUGGCACUGAAGCAGAUUUCAGUAAUACAAGGAGACACACUGACUCUGACAUGCCCGCUCACAAACACUAAUAUGAGUGAUGCGGUGGAAUGGAGAAACCCAGAAGGUUUUCUCUUGUUCUUUAACAGAGACAAAGCCUUGAGAGACCAGAGGAUCAAAUUGGUCACUUUAACCAACUCAAAAUUUUCAAUACGUGUGACCGAUGUCACAUUCAAAGAUGGAGGUGUUUACAAAUGUCUACAUUAUAGAAAUCCAACCUCAACGAAAAGAUAUAAAGUAAUUGUUAUAGGUGCUCCAAAACUGGAAAAGGACGAGCAAGAGGAUAAAACAAUUGUUAAAUGCUCUGCUUCAGCAAAUCAGCAUCCACCUAGACUCUCAUGGCUAAUGGACAGUGGCCUAGAGGUUGAGGCUCACCCAUACUAUGAGUCGGAGCAUGUAUCCAAGAAAUACACAGCUGUUAGCCAGCUGACUGUAAAAGUUCCAAAGAAGGGAGUUACAAUGAGGUGCUUGGUCCGUCAUUCAGCUCUCCAAGGUUCCAAACUGGAAAGGUUUAUCCACUUAGGAAACCAGAGUCAAGACACAACAACCUCAUCAACAUAUUCCAGUACCAUACUUAGAUCAACUGACACAACGGUCAUUCCAACACUUUUUAGCAAUAUAAGCUUCACCAAUAGUCAUUCAGAGUCAGAAACCACAAAUGACAGUAGUACAACAGUAAAUGAAACCACAGAUGGCACUUCAGCAAAUGGCAGCACAAACAUAUUAAGCAACACUACCGAAAAUGAGACAACUGAAUCAGUAUACGAAACAACAGAGGGCACACCAUCAAAUACCAGCAUCAAGUCAUCAAGCAAUACUACUGGGAAUGACAACAGCCAUGUAGAAAAAAUUCAUAAAAAGAGAAAUUUGACGCUGGUGCUGCUGGUCACAUGCCUCCUCGGCUGCCUGUUCGUGGUGCUUGCCUUCUUCCUGAUUCGCCUCAGGAAAGCACACAUUGCCUGGAAAAAAGAGAAUGAAGAGUCUGAUCAGUCAGUGGAGAGCAGCAGAUCAAAGUCGAGCAGUGAGGAGAAGCUAAAACAGCAACAGAAAGGAAGAGGUUUUUGGAACACCAGUUUCACAAAGUACAAAGCAGAGGAAACAUUAGAGAAAGAGGCUCAGGCCGGACCUGCUUCUGUACAAGUCAUUAAUGAAAACCCACAGCACUUUAUCACCAGAUCUGGUGUCAAAGAGACCGAACUGUGAACAAUAAAAGACUCUAACCAAUCUUGGUUUAGUAGAGUACUGGUGCUAGAAUACUGGUUGAAUAUUUGAAUGUUUAGCUAAGUCCAAAGUGUCCAAAGUGUAUAAAUGGGUGUGUGAAUAUGUAUGUGAUUGUGUGCCAUGAGAUGGAUUGGCACCCUGUCCAGGGUGUACUCCGCCUUGUGCCUGAUGCUCCCAGGGAUAGGCUCCAGGUUUCCCCGUGACCCUGAAAAGGGUAAUGCGGUAUAGAAGAUGGAUGGA